UCUGUCUGUGGAAGAAACUCAGGUUAAAGACAAAAAAUGCAUUUUGUUGAGGAUAAAAGGAGGGAAGCAAUUCGUCUUGCAAUGUGAGAUUGUUGGAGCACAGCCAACUGCAUGGUUUCAGGGUUUUGGAGACAUGCUGCAAGGAGACAGCCUGUGAAAGCCUGGGCCAUCGACAAGCCUCAUUCUGUGCUGUCGGUCAGAGAGCUCCAUCUCAUCUCACCUCAUCCCUCGGCCCGGCACUGUCUCAGCAUGGCCAUCUCAUCACGCCUCGCCCUGUGGGAGCAGAAGAUUCGAGAAGAGGACAAGAGCCCUCCACCGUCCUCCCCUCCUCCCCUUUUCUCUGUCAUCCCAGGGGGCUUCAUUAGGCAGUUGGUCCGGGAGACUGAGAAAGAGUCCAAGGAAGCAAGACGGAAGAAACAGGCAGCGCUUGGCUCUCCAGAACAAGAGACCCCAGAAAUUUCCACUAAUCGACCCAACAGCACGUCCAACAGUGACACCAAAUCUGGAAGCCAGGAAAUUUCCCAAGGCAACCAGGCGAGCUCUCCCCAGAACUCAAACAUUCCAGCCAAGGAGAGCCAGGGGGCGAACCCCACGGACCCCGUGCUGAUGUCCACCAUCAAUGGCGAGAAGCCCCAGGAAUCGCGCCCCAGUGGGGCUCCAGCCAAAAAACCUCUGCCCUUCAAGAGGGGUGUGAGGAGGGGCGACGUAUUGCUGAUGGUGGCCAAGCUGGACUCGGACUCAGCCAAGCUGGAGCAAAGGACCCAGCCCCAUGAUGCCCCCACCUGCAAGACCUCGCUCCCAACCACAGACCCUGGAGGGGAAACAAAGGGGGAGAUCUCACUGACUCCUGGUGGCCCCCAGGCCAGCACUGAGAAUGCAGCCCUGAAGGCUGAGAAGACCCAGACUGGGGGUGUUGGGGACCCGGGAACUGUGCUACAGACAAAAGACGAGAAAGAUCAAGGCACAGCGGAGAAAGGGGUUGGGAUCCCCCAGACCAAAGGGCCGAAAGGGGGUGAGCCCCAAGGCAAAGAAGGGCCAGGUGAAGCGGGGCGACCAAGGACAGUGGAGAAGGGGGGAGGGGACCCGCCAACCAGGGUGGCAAAAGGACACCUCUCCCAGGAUGCAGGGGUUACAGGGAAGUUGGCUGGGGCCCAAAUCCAAGUGCAAAAGUGGGGAGGCUCCCUAGACAGAAGAAGCAGGUGGGACGGCCCCCAGAGGAAGAAGGACAAAGAAGGUGCACUCCUCAGCAAGGCAGGGAAGACAGACGACCAUCCGGUCAAGGCAGAGAAGAUGGACAAAGAGCUUGAGGAGGUUGGGAAGGUGGGGGAGGACCCCAGAGCGAUGGAGAGAGCAGGCGGGCCUCAGAGUGUGUCCGGGCGCGCGGGCGAGGCUGGGAGUAAGACAGAGAAGGGCUGUGAAGCCCCCAAGGAGGUGGAUGCACGCAGGGAGACCCCAGCGGUUGCUGGGGAGGAGGGCCAGCCAGACAGCAGAGGGCGGAACGCAGAGGAGCCAUGUGCGAGAGGAGGUGGUGGGGCCGCGGCCCUGGGGACAGAGCUGGAAGGGCCCAAACCACCUGCUCUGGACAGCCAUGCAGAAAGGCCUCGGACGCAGGAGAACCAAGAGGGGCCGGCCCUGCAACAGGGGGACAAAGGAGACCAGAGCAGAGACUCGGACCAGGCUCCCGAGGACAGAUGGUACGAGGCAGAGAAAGUCUGGCUGGUUCAGAAGGAUGGAUUUACUCUUGCAACGGUGCUAAAGCCAGAUGAGGGAACAGCCGACCUGCCAGCAGGAAGGGUACGACUUUGCAUUGAUGCUGACAAAACCAUCACCGAGGUGGAUGAAGAGCAUGUUCACCGGGCCAACCCCACAGAGCUGGACCAGGCAGAAGACCUGGCCUUCCUGGUCAGUGUCAAUGAAUCGAGCGUCCUGAACACACUUCUGCACCGCUACCGGGCUCAGCUGCCGCACACCUACGCUGGGCCAGACCUGAUCGUCCUCCAGCCCUGGGGGCUCCCGGCACCCUCCACAGGCAAGGUGCCCAGGGGCCGUGGGGAUGGCCUGCCUGCCCACAUUGGCUCGCUGGUCCAGCGGGCAUACUGGGCGCUGCUGAGCCAGCGGAGAGACCAGAGCAUCGUGGCCCUAGGCCGGAGUGGCGCUGGGAAGACCACCUGCUGUGAGCAGGUCCUCGAGCACCUGGUGGAGAUGGCAGGCAGUGUGGACGGCACAGUCUCAGUGGAGAAGAUUCGAGCUACCUUCACCAUCCUCCGGGCCUUCGGCUCCAUGUCCACUGGCCACAGCCGCAAUGCUACCCGCUUCACCAUGGUCAUGUCACUGGACUUCAGUGCCACAGGCCGAGUUACAGCCGCCCAGCUCCAGACAAUGCUUCUGGAGAAGAGCCGUGUGGCACGGCAGCCGGAAGGGGAGGGCAACUUCGAGGUCUUCUCCCAGAUGCUAGCGGGUUUGGACCUGGAUCUCAGGACAGAACUGUACCUGCACCAGAUGGCAGACAGCAGCUCUUUCGGCAUGGGCAUUUGGCCUAAGCCUGAAGACAAGCAGAGGGCGGCGGCUGCCUUCGCCCAGCUCCAGGCUGCCAUGGAGACGCUGGGUAUUUCGGAGGGCGAGCGGCGAGCCAUUUGGCGGGUACUGGCAGCCAUCUACCACCUUGGCGCGGCGGGGGCCUGCAAAGUGGGCCGGAAGCAGUUCAUGCGGUUUGAGUGGGCAAACCACGCGGCUGAGGCCCUGGGCUGUGACUAUGAGGAGCUGAACACGGCCACCUUCAAGCACCACCUGCGGCAGAUCAUUGAGCAAGUGACGCAUGGGCCGAGCCGACGGGGCCUUGCGGAUGAGGAGACCAACUCAGGGCUCAAGAUGACGGGCGUGGAGUGUGUGGAGGGGAUGGCCUCCGGCCUGUACCAAGAGCUCUUUGCUGCCGUGGUCUCACUCAUCAACAGAUCCUUCUCCUCCCAUCACCUCUCCAUGGCCUCCAUCAUGGUGGUGGACUCUCCAGGCUUUCAAAACCCCCGGCACCAGGGCAAAGAGCGGGCCGCCACCUUCGAGGAGCUGUGCCACAAUUAUACUCACGAGCGUUUGCAGCUGCUUUUCUACCAGCGGACCUUCGUCUCCACGCUGGAGAGAUACCGCGAGGAAGGUCUUCCUGUGCAGUUUGGCCUCCCGGAGCCAUCCCCGGGGACCACGGUGGCCCUUAUGGAUCAGAACCCUUCCCAGGUCCGCUUACCAGCUGGAGGAGGUGCUGAGGAUGCCAAGGGCCUUUUCUGGGCCCUGGAUGAGGAGGUCCGGGUGGAGGGCGCCAGUGAGAGUGUGGUGCUCGAGCGUCUCUGUGCAGCCUUCGAGAAGAAAGGAGCUGGGGCCGAAGGGACCUCUGCCCUUCGGUCGUGUGAGCAGCCCCUCCAGUGUGAGGUUUUCCACCAGAGGGGACAGGAUCCCGUGCGCUAUGACCUCACGGGCUGGCUCCACAGGGCCAAGCCCAACCUCUCGGCGCUGGACGCCCCCCAGGUCCUGCAGCAGUCGAAAAGGGAGGAGCUGAGGAGCCUGUUUCAGGCCCGGGCCAAGCUGCCCCCCGUGUGCUGGGCUGUGGCAGGCCUCGAGGGCACCUCCCAGCAGGCGCUGCGGAGAAGCCGCGCCGUGAGAAGGGCCUUUGCCAGUGGCUUUGCAUCGGUGAAGAGGAAAGCCCCGUGCUCCCAGGUCAAGCUGCAGAUGGAUGCAUUGACCAGCGUGAUCAGACGGUCUCAGUUACACUUCAUCCACUGCCUGGUGCCAAGCUCAGUGGUGGAGAACAGGGGCGUGCAGCCGGCUCCCACCCCACAACAGCCUGGCGGGGACAAGCCUGGGGCAGUCGGACCCCUGCCCUUAGACAUCCCGGCACUGAGGGUCCAGCUUGCAGGCUCCUACAUCCUGGAGGCACUACGUCUGCACCGGGCAGGCCACGCGGACCACAUGGGGAUCACUCAGUUCCGCAGGCGUUUCCAGGCACUGGACCCCCUGCUCACGAAGAAGCUCACGUUGGUCACCGAAGGAAUAGACGAGAGGAAGGCUGUGGACGAGCUCCUGCAGACCCUGGACCUAGAGAAGAAGGCGGUAGCUGUGGGGUCCAGCCAAGUUUUCCUGAAGGCAGGCGUGGUCUCCCGGCUCGAGAAGCAGCGAGAGAAGCUGGUGCGCCACAGUAUUGUUUUAUUCCAGGCGGCCUGCAGGGGCUUCGUGUCUCGCCAGGAAUUCAAGAAACUGAAGAUCCGUCGGCUGGCCGCGCAGUGCAUCCGGAAGAACAUGGCUGUGUUCCUGGUGGUCAAGGACUGGCCGUGGUGGCAGCUCCUCGGUUCCCUCCGGCCCCUGCUGAGUGCCUCCGUGGGAAGUGAGCAGCUUCGUGCCAAGGAGGAGGAGCUAACGAUGCUGAGACAGAAGCUGGAAAAAUUGGAGAAGUCUCGGAAUGAACUCCGGCAGAACGCAGACCUGCUGGAGAGCAAGUUUGCUGACUUGACCACAGAGCUUGCCGAUGAACGCUUCAAAGGGGACGUGGCCUGCCAGGUGCUGGAAAAUGAGCGGGCAGAGCGGCUGCGGCUCUUCCGGGAGGUCCAGGAGCUGCAGAGCAAGCAUGAACAAGUCCAGAAGAAUUUGGGAGAAGUAGAGAAGCAGCUGGAAGAAGCCCAGCAGAAAGUUCACUUGAAUGAGUUGGAAAAGAGUCACACCGGAGGAGCAGAUGAGUGGCAGAUGCGCUUUGACUGUGCCCAGAUGGAGAAUGAGUUUCUCAGAAAGCGUCUACAGCAAGUUGAGGAGAGGUUGGACUCGGAGUUGACGUCUAGGAAAGAGCUGGAGCAGCAGCUCGGGGAGCUGCAGAGUGCUUACGAGGGGGCCAAGAAGAUGGCUCACCAACUAAAGAGGAAGUGCCACCAUCUGACCUGUGACUUGGAGGACACCCGCUUCCUGCUGGAGAACCAGCAAAGCAGAAACCACGAGCUUGAGAAGAAGCAAAAGAAGUUUGACAUGCAGCUGGCUCAGGCCCUGGGUGAGUCCGUGUUUGAGAAGGGCCUCCGUGAGAAAGUGACCCAGGAGAACACCAGCGUCCGGUGGGAACUUGGCCAGCUGCAGCAGCAGUUGAAGCAAAAGGAGCAGGAAACCUCGCAGCUGCAGCAGAAGGUGGAGAUGCUGCAGGCCCAGAAGCGGGAGCUGCUGGAGGCGCCCUCUCUGGGGGAAAAUUGUGUCGGUGGUUUGAAGGAGAAACUCUGGAAGCUGGAAUCCAGUGCCCUGGAGCAGCAGAAAAUCCAGAACCAGCAGGAAAACACCAUCAAGCAGCUGGAGCAGCUCCGCCAGCGGUUCGAGCUUGAGAUAGUGCGGAUGAAGCAGAUGCACCAGAAGGACCGUGAGGACCAGGAGGAGGAGCUGGAGGAUGUCCGCCAGUCCUGCCAGAAGCGGCUCCGCCAGCUGGAAAUGCAGCUGGAGCAAGAAUAUGAGGAGAAACAGAUGGUCCUCCAUGAAAAGCAGGACUUGGAAGGCCUGAUCGGAACCCUCUGUGACCAGAUUGGUCAUCGGGACUUUGAUGUGGAGAAGCGUCUUCGGAGGGACCUCAGAAGGACUCAUGCACUACUGUCAGAUGUGCAGCUCCUUCUGGGGACCAUGGAGGAUGGCAAAGCAUCGGUCAGCCAGGAGGAGCUGGAGAAAGUGCACAGCCAGCUGGAGCAGAGUGAAGCCAAAUGUGAGGAUGCCUUGAAGACCCAGAAGGCGCUGACUGCGGACCUGGAGAACAUGCAUAGUGAACUGGAGAACAUGACCCGGAGCAAGACCCUGGUGGAUGAGCAGCUGUACCGGCUGCAGUUCGAGAGAGCUGACCUCCUGAAGCACAUUGAUGAGGACCAGGAUGACCUGAACGACCUCAUGCAGAAGCACAAGGACCUUAUUGCUCAGGUAAUGGCCUUAAGUGGAGAAAAGCCUGAGGCCUCGGGCCAGGUCCUGGUGAUCCGGCUUCGGGACAGCCUGAUCAAGAUGGGUGAGGAGCACUCCCAGGCAGUCAUAGCCGAGUCCCAGCAGCGGGAGACCAGCCAGUAUUAUCAGCGGCGCCUGGAGGAGCUGAAGGCAGACAUGGAAGAGCUGGUGCAGCGGGAAGCGGAGGCCAGCCGGAGGUGCAUGGAGCUGGAGAAAUAUGUGGAGGAGCUCGCAGCAAUGAGACAGACUCUCCAGACAGACCUGGAGACGUCCAUCCGGAGGAUUGCCGACCUGCAGGCAGCUUUGGAAGAGGUGGCAUCCAGUGACAGUGACACAGAGAGUGUCCAGACGGCUGUGGAUUGUAGCAGUGGUAGAAGAAAAGAGAUAGAUAACAUCUCCGUCCUCAGCUCCCAGCCAGGGGGCAGCCUACAGUCCUGGUUGAGUUGUACUCUCUCCCUGGCCACAGACACCAUGAGGACCCCCUCUCGACAGUCAGCCAUCAUCAGCCACAUUGUCAGGCCCAGGGUGAAUGAGGAGGCUGGUGACGCCGAAAGGACCCAACAGGUGUCGGCACUGAGCAGAAGCCGGGAUGCCCCUAGCAAGACCGCGGGGGAUAAAUCCCCGUCUCCCCUCUCCCUCCGCCGGCAGAAGUACUGCCAUUUUGGGGAAGGCGAAGAGUGUGAUGUCCAGAGAAAGCCCCCGGAGAGAUUAGGAGCUCUGUCUCCUUCUCCGUCUUCUCGGAGGACAGACAUGUCCCCGGUGUCGAGGGGAAAGCUGCCGAGUCCUUCGGCGGCCUUGUCAGAGUUUGUGGAAGGGCUCCGAAAGAAACGAGCACGGAGAGGCCAGGGCUCAGCGCUGGGCCUGGAGGACUGGCCCACUCUCCCCAUCUACCAGACCACUGGGGCGUCCACGCUGAGGAGGGCCAGGGCAGGCAGUGACGAGGGACACCUGCCACUGAGAUGUGGGGCAGCGUCACCCCUGGAAACUGAAGACGGCGCCGGGGCAUCAGCUGGUCUCCUGCGGUCCACCAGCCUGAAGUGCAUCUCUUCCGAGAGCGUGGAGGGUGCCCCACUGCUCCCCAAGAAGCUAAAGACCCGGUUCAGUUCCUGUGAAUCCCUCUUAGAAUCAGGGCCUGCCCCGGGGAGAACAGUGAGCCCCCCCAUCACACCCAGGGACACACUCUUGUCGCCCACGUUGCGUCCUCGGAGGCGCUGUCUGGAAUCUUCACUGGAUGACCCAGGCUGCCCAGACCUCGGGAAGGAGCCACUGGUCUUCCAGAACCGCCAGUUCGCCCACCUCAUGGGGGAACCUCUGAGCAGUGACCCAUUCAGAUGCAAGUUCUCAGGCCUCAACUAUGAACGCAAGACCAGCGUGGGUUUUGAUGACUUCCUCCCGGCUAUCCGGAAGCCCGGGGCUUCUCCAUCCUUGGCCAGAGCGGCCAAAGAUGGGCAAGACCAUUCACAGCAUUCAGGCGUCCACUUUGAGACGGAAGAGGCCGACCGGACCUUUCUCUCAGGGAUCAAGACCAUUUUGAAAAAGAGCCCGGAGUCCAAGGAGGACCCCGCUCACCUCUCCGACUCAUCUUCCUCCUCCAGCUCCAUCGUGUCCUUCAAAAGCGCCGACAGCAUCAAGAGUCGACCAAGAAUCCCACGGCUGGAGGGUGACGGCGGUGAGCAGACGCCCUCCAACCACAGAGAGCAGGGGACAGGGAGGAAAGAGGAGGGAGUGGAGAGCAUAAUGAAGAAGUAUCUCCAGAAGUAGGAGCCAUCUCAGGUCCGUAUUGCAGGCAUCUUCCUGAGUAAACUCAGAGCGAUCCUGGUGAAGCUGGAUUUUAAAGAGGUUGCCUCCAUUGACCCCCAAACUGAGGUCGGCCUGAGAACCCUAUAGCAAAAGGGCUGUUGGAACUCGCAGACUGAACAAAUGAGGGAGACCUCAAGAUCAAGGUCACCCAGUGAAUCUGUCGCCAACCCAGCCACCCUGACUCCCAGUUCUAGGGCGGUGCCAGCCUCUCACAGCCCCUCAAAGGGCAUGUUUCAAAGCUCAGGGCGGACCACUGAGCAUCACACUUCAUGGCUCCAGACUGAAGUGCAAAGCCCCUUAGGUCAGUCUGGGCAUCAGUGGAGCCGGUGUGAGAGCCGCUCUCCAGGUUGAUACAAUGCAAACCCACAGCCCAAUGAUAGCUCAUGGCCAUAUAAAUCUCCCUCUUAUCAAAUCUUAGAACUCACAGCUGCUCCGGGCUCAGGCUGCAGGUGGGCACCCAGCCCUCACCUUGCCCCCCUCCCGAAUGUGUCCUGGACCAAGAUGAGCCAUGCACGCCCCCCACUUCUAGACACCUGCUACUCCGAGAAGCACCCUCAGCCCAUCAAAAAGCCAUUGCCCCUUCCAUGGAGAUGGGCUCUGAUGUUUCAGAGUAAAUUAAUUUGACUUUACAUGGCCUUCUCUCUGCUCUCAAUUACCGAGGCGAGAUCUGAUAUUCAUUUACAUUAUUAUGCUCUCGGGGACCCAGAACGCAGUUUCAAAGGCCAAGUAAAGGGCACACAUCCAUAAGGGGAGCAGUCCUUAGCAGAAGUCGUCACAGAACAUCUUGUCUCUGCCAUUUCUUUUUAAACUCAGGUCCCCUUUCCCCCUCCCAGUAAUGCUCACGGUAACAACGGAGCACCUGCCUAGAAAUUCGCCUCUGCCCUGACUUCCAUGCUGGAGUCUUGAACUAAACAGUACAGCCCUGCUCCCCAUGAUGCAUAUGUAUGAUGAGAUACAGUUCUUUCUGUAACUGGCCGUGAGACCUUGGGCAGUGAUGUGACCUUGCUGAGCAUCUGUGUUCUCAGCUGGAAAAUGGAGAUAAUAAUACCAAUGAUGUAAAGUAAUAUUGUGAGUUGGGUGAGAAUGACAGGGGGAUCCCAAGGACAGAGCCUGGCACCCAGGAACUGCACUAAAUGUCAGGUUACCUGCUCUGGCAAAUUUUGAUUCUUCAGGAACCUUCCCACUGUUCCCCUUCUGCUGCCUACACACCUUCACGUCUCCAGGUGGCAUUCCCGCAGCAAUGCCACCUGGGAAUAUGGGCCUCCCAGGACUCCCCGCACUGUGAUUCUCCUCACCAAGACAUACUUCCUGUGCCCCAUUUAUCAGCUCUGACCUACGUUUGUUUCCAGCCUCCUGAGAUGCACUGCCCUCGAAGACUUCCGAUUCCACAACUAUCUGGAGAGAGAGAGAGAGACACACACGGGCCUGGCCUCCCCAGGGGC